AUGUCUUGGACUACAGUUAAACGGCCAGCCAAGGAAGCCUCAGUGCCUCAAGAACAAGGGCCAAAGCGCAGAAGAUCAGCAAGCACACUGCCUCAGCAGCUUGAUGGAGAUGCCUGCAGGGAGGCUAUUUCAUUUCUUGUUCACACUCCUGAUGAAGCAAGUGUACUUCAGAAGAUGAGGAUGACGUUCCAACAUCGCCAAGACUUAGUGCAUGACCCACAAAGAACUGCAGAUGUCUUCAAAACAUUUCCACGCUUUUUGGAUGUCAAAGGACUAAUAAAUCAGGACUUCUUGCUGCUCUUUGGUGCUGAAACAAGCUCCAAGUUGCUUGAGAAGUGGGACACCUCAUUGAAGCCCAAGGUCAUCAAAGAGGCCAAACACCUGACUCCGUCAACUGUUGUGUGUCGCCUGCUAAAAGCUGCUGAGAAACUCACAGAGAAUGAAGAAAAUGACUGGGACAGUGACAUGGCCUCUCUGCUGCUGCUUCUUCAUCUUCUGCCACCCACAGCUGGACGGAAGAGGAGGAUCAAGAUAAGUCCAAGUGAUGCAGAGCACAAAAUGGUGCACUUUCACAAGUCAGGCUGCAGCAUUGAUGAGCACCUGCAAGGAUUAGAGGGAAAACAACCAUACAUCCUCGCUGUUGGUCGAGUCCAGAACAGGAUUGACACCUUCUACAUCGCAGUCGACAAGCAGCUCAUCCCCUGCCAAGCCAAAUGCUCAUUGAGUGCUUUUGAUGAACUUUUCAAAUCCCACUACGUGUUCAACCUGUCUUAUGAUGAGUCCCUGGUUCAUCUCUACACUUUUGUGCAGACCACUAUAUUCAACAUUGAUGUAACCUCCACAGAUGAGUCACCGCGUGUUCGUGAGUUACGUGCCAAAAUCUUGAAUGAGAAUUGACCAUGUUUAAAUGUUUCAUCUGUCAAUCUUUGCAUUUCACCAGUCAGGCUUUGAUAGGUCAUUUGUGA